AUGGAUGCUCUUAAAGACAUGGCAUUAUGCCAGUUUGACUUUAUUGACAGUGCGGUUCGCACAUGCUCGAUGGUGCACCUUCUAUCGAUGUACGAAGAAUGCGCCAUGCAAGUGCUUCACCAUGAUAUCCAAGUAUUGUGUGAGCAAGUGCUGAUCCCAGCGAUACCAACAGUUCUGAGAGAUCGCGAGCAGCUGGCUGCCGAAGUGAUUGGAAGGUUACGCUACACUAGAGCCGAGAACAGCCAUUUUCUAAAUACACUGGUAGAGCAGGCGAUGACGUGGGUGGACAACUAUUCCACACGACCACUACUCGUACCGCUGUCGUGUUGGAUAGCUCCGCCUCUAAUGAAGACUUGCCGAACCUUUACCAUUAAGGACUGGAAACCUGGCCAAACAGUGCUUGCACCGACGUUCAACCACCAGCAUGUUCUGAUCUCCGGGAAUCAGUCCGCUGUCGGUGUCAUCUACAUGUAUCACAUUGCGGCGCAGUCCCUGAUGACCACAUUUAUUGGCCAUACAGGAAACGUGACUUCCCUAUCAUGCAGCACCAGCGGCACAUUCUUUGUCAGUACUUCGGCAGACAUGUCUGUUCGAAUAUGGAGUCUUAUAAGUGGAGAAUGCCUCAAAGUGCUGACACCUCACUCGCAUAAAGUCAUCUGUUGUGUUUUGGCCAGCGAUGACUCAUUUUUGGUAACUGGCUCAGCAGACUCUUCAGCUAAGGUGAUCGAUCUCGACAACGACAAAGUCCUGCGGUCAUUCACAGAGCACACCGGUAGUGUUGUCUCGCUUCAGCUCACUGUCAAUAAUGAGUUUUUAAUUACGGGUAAGGACUACCUUAAUUAUUUUUACACGCUUGUGUAUGCUCAUUGA